GCGCGCGCGCGACGCAACGCGAAGCGACGCGACGCUCCCUGUCGGCGACUCGCGCCGACGCCAUAUUGAAGCGAAGCACUGAGGGCUGAGUGAGUGGCUGGGAGCGAACUGACAAGAGACCGGAGCGAAGGAGACCGGGGGGGUGGUGUUGCUACUGUGCUGGUGACGCAGGAAAAACACCCGAGAGCAGGCAGACAAAAACACCCGGGGAGAAAAGAUCGCUUCAAAUAGAACCAUCACAAAAAGAAAAGCGUCGUACAGACAGAGAUACGCGGAUGAGAUUUUGGAGCAGUUAGCGAACAGAAGACUGGAGAAGAGGAGUCGUAUCCAAUAUCCUGGUUAUGCAAUGGUCGCUGCAAGUCGUCCUGCUCUUCAGCUGGUGCUCUCUCACACAGACGUAUGCUGGUUCUCUGUCACUACUGACGAGGCACUGAUUUCCUCCCCUGCCAUAGCCACUUAAGUGGACAAAAUUGCAAAGAUCUGCCCCGUGUCGAGUAUGACAGCCACGACCCGUGGCUCUCCUGUAGGGGGCAAUGACAGCCAGGGCCAGGCGCCUGACGGGCAGUCUCAGCCCCCUCUUCCCCAGAACCAGACAUCGUCCCCCAGCUCCUCAACUGAAAACUCUCCAGUGAGCCCACCAGAAGAACAGGGCCAGGGGGAUGGACCCCCUCAACCAGAGGAAGAAGAGCCUGCCUUUCCCCACACAGAUUUGGCCAAGCUGGAUGACAUGAUCAACAGACCCCGCUGGGUGGUUCCGGUGUUACCAAAGGGUGAAUUAGAGGUUCUCCUUGAAGCUGCUAUAGAUCUUUGUAAAAAAGGACUGGAUGUCAAGUGUGAAGCGUGUCAGAGGUUUUUUCGAGAUGGCUUGACGAUUUCCUUCACAAAAAUACUGACUGAUGAGGCAGUGAGUGGCUGGAAAUUUGAGAUUCAUAGGUGUAUCAUAAACAACACUCACCGCCUGGUGGAGCUGUGUGUAGCCAAGCUCUCUCAGGACUGGUUCCCCCUUCUCGAGCUGCUGGCCAUGGCUCUCAACCCCCACUGCAAAUUUCACAUCUACAACGGGACACGGCCCUCAGAGACCGUGCCGGCAGGGGUACAGCUGGCUGAGGAUGAGCUCUUUGCCCGCCCGCCCGACCCUCGUUCACCCAAGGGCUGGUUAGUGGAUUUAAUAAACAAAUUUGGCACAUUAAACGGGUUUCAGAUUCUGCACGAUCGCUUUAUGAGUGGCCAAGCACUGAAUGUUCAGAUCAUUGCAGCACUCAUCAAGCCUUUCGGGCAGUGUUAUGAGUUCCUAACAUUGCACACGGUGAAGAAAUACUUCCUUCCAAUUAUUGAAAUGGUUCCCCAGUUUCUGGAAAACCUCACAGAUGAGGAGCUGAAAAAGGAAGCUAAGAAUGAAGCCAAAAACGAUGCAUUGUCAAUGAUAAUCAAAUCGUUGAAGAACCUCGCAUCACGGGUACCAGGGCAAGAGGAGACCGUGAAAAACUUAGAAAUUUUUAGGUUGAAGAUGAUUCUUAGGUUAUUGCAAAUUUCUUCCUUCAAUGGCAAAAUGAACGCACUAAAUGAAGUCAAUAAGGUGAUAUCCAGUGUCUCCUACUACACUCACCGGCAUGGCAGUGCUGAGGAAGAGGAGUGGCUCACUGCUGAACGCAUGGCUGAAUGGAUUCAGCAGAACCACAUCCUGUCCAUUGUGCUCAGAGAUAGUUUGCACCAGCCGCAAUAUGUAGAGAAGUUGGAGAAGAUCCUUCGCUUUGUCAUCAAGGAGAAGGCUCUUACACUUCAGGACUUGGAUAACAUCUGGGCAGCACAGGCUGGCAAGCAUGAAGCAAUUGUGAAGAAUAUGCAUGACCUCCUGGCCAAGCUGGCAUGGGAUUUUUCGCCUGAACAGCUGGAUCAUCUUUUUGACUGUUUCAAGGCGAGUUGGACAAAUGCCAGCAAAAAGCAGCGAGAAAAGCUGCUUGAGCUUAUCCGUCGCCUUGCUGAAGAUGACAAAGAUGGGGUAAUGGCACACAAGGUGCUAAACCUGCUCUGGAACCUGGCACACAGUGAUGAUGUUCCUGUUGACAUCAUGGACCAGGCACUGAGUGCUCACAUCAAGAUCCUGGAUUACAGCUGCUCUCAGGACCGAGAUACACAGAAGAUCCAAUGGAUAGAUCGCUUCAUUGAAGAGUUGCGAACAAAUGACAAGUGGGUGAUUCCUGCACUGAAGCAAAUCCGUGAAAUUUGCAGCUUAUUUGGAGAAGCGCCACAGAACCUGAGAAAGAAAAUACCUUUAAACAUAGCAAAGAACUUAGUGGGUCAGACGCAGCGAAGCCCACAUGUGUUCUACAGGCAUGACCUGAUCAACCAGCUUCAGCACAACCACGCACUUGUCACACUGGUAGCUGAGAACCUGUCUGCAUACAUGGAAAGCAUGAGGCAGUUUGCUAAAGCAGAGCACCCAGAGUUUGACCCCCAGACAGUGCGCCUAGGCAGUCGCUACAGCCAUGUGCAGGAAGUUCAAGAGAGACUUAACUUCCUCAGGUUCCUACUGAAGGAUGGCCAGCUGUGGCUAUGUGCACCACAGGCCAAACAGAUCUGGAAGUGCCUGGCUGAGAAUGCAGUGUUCUUGUGCGACCGUGAGGCCUGCUUCAAGUGGUACUCCAAGCUGAUGGGAGAUGAGCCGGACCUGGACCCGGACAUCAACAAGGACUUCUUUGAGAAUAAUGUUCUGCAGCUGGACCCCUCACUCCUCACAGAGAAUGGCAUGAAGUGUUUUGAACGCUUUUUCAAAGCAGUGAACUGCCGAGAGGGGAAGCUGGUAGCCAAACGGAGGGCAUACAUGAUGGAUGACCUAGAGCUGAUUGGGUUGGAUUACCUGUGGCGGGUGGUGAUUCAAGGAAGUGAUGACAUUGCCUGUAGAGCAAUAGAUUUAUUAAAAGAGAUUUAUACAAACCUUGGACCAAAACUGCAAGUCAAUCAGGUUGAGAUCCAUGAAGACUUUAUCCAGUCAUGUUUUGACCGCUUGAAAGCAUCAUAUGACACACUCUGUGUCUUGGAUGGGGACAAAGACAGCAUUAACUGUGCCAGACAAGAAGCAAUCCGCAUGGUCCGGGUGCUUACUGUCCUGAGAGAGUAUAUAAAUGAAUGUGACAGUGAUUACCAUGAAGAGAGAACAAUACUGCCAAUGUCAAGAGCAUUUCGUGGGAAACACAUCACACUCAUUGUAAGAUUCCCAAACCAAGGCCGACAGGUGGACGACCUGGAUAUCUGGUCCCACACCAAUGACACAAUAGGUUCUGUACGACGCUGCAUUUUGAAUCGAAUCAAGGCCAACAGUGCUCACACAAAAAUCGAGCUUUUUAUCGGAGGAGAAAUGGUGGAUCCUGCUGAUGACAGGAAGCUAAUUGGACAGCUCAAUCUUAAGGACAAAACAUUAAUAACUGCCAAGCUCACCCAAAUUAGUUCCAAUAUGCCUUCAAGUCCUGACAGCUCCUCCGAUUCCUCCACUGGCUCCCCUGGAAAUCAUGGAAACCAUUAUAGCGAUGGGCCCAACCCUGAAGUAGAAAGCUGUCUGCCAGGAGUGAUUAUGUCUCUACACCUCCGUUACAUUUCAUUCUUGUGGCAAGUAGCAGAUUUGGGGUGUAGUCUAAACAUGCCACUGCUCAGGGAUGGAGCCCGUAUCCUCAUGAAGCUCAUGCCUCCAGAUAACACUACUGUAGAGACAUUGCGGUCCAUCUGCCUGGACCACGCCAAGCUUGGUGAUAACAGCCUCAGCCCAACCCUGGAUUCCCGUUUUUUUGGUCCAUCGCCUUCUCAAGUGCUCUACCUGACAGAGGUGGUGUAUGCAUUGCUCAUGCCCGCCAGUGGUACUCUUGGGGAAGACGCCAGUGACUUUCAAUACAACUUUUUAAAAAGUGGUGGUUUGCCACUUGUCUUAAGCAUGCUCACCAGAAAUAACUUCCUGCCCAAUGCUGACAUGGAGACCAGGCGCGGAGCCUACCUGAAUGCCCUAAAGAUAGCCAAAUUGUUAUUAACUGCAGUUGGCUUUGGCCAUGUGAAGGCUGUGGCAGAAGCCUGUCAGCCAGUGGUGGAAGGAACUGUAUCACCAAUAAAUCAGGCCACCCAUGACCAGGCUUUGGUUCUCCAGAGUGCCCUCCAAAACAUCCCCAACCCAUCAUCUGAAUGCAUGCUGCGGAACGUAGCCAUCCGCUUAGCUCAGCAGAUCUCUGAUGAGAACUUCUUCCAAGCUUCUAAGUACAUCCCAGACAUCUGUGUGAUCAGAGCUGUGCAGAAGGUGGUCUGGGCAUCGGGCUGUGGUUCAGUGCAGCUUGUAUUCAGCUCUAACGAGGAGAUCAGCAAGAUAUAUGAGAAGACAAAUGCAGGGAAUGAGCCUGAUGGCGAAGAUGAGCAAGUCUGCUGUGAAGCUCUGGAGGUCAUGACUCUUUGCUUUGCCCUCAUCCCCACGGCUUUGGACACACUUAGUAAGGAGAAGGCAUGGCAGACCUUCAUCAUUGAUUUGCUGUUACACUGCCAGAGCAAGUCUGUUCGUCAGAUGGCUCAGGAACAGUUUUUCCUUAUGGCAACCAGAUGUUGUAUGGGCCAUAGGCCCCUCUUGUUCUUCAUCACUCUCCUCUUCACAGUUUUAGGUAGUACUGCAAAAGAGAGAGCCAAACAUGCUGGAGACUAUUUCACCUUGUUAAGACACUUACUUAACUACGCAUACAACAGCAACAUCAGCCUCCCAAAUGCUGAAGUUCUCCUGAACAAUGAAAUUGAUUGGCUGAAAAGAAUCAAGGAUGAAGUAAAAAGAACUGGAGAGACCGGACUAGAGGAUACCAUUCUUGAAGGCCAUCUUGGGGUCACAAAAGAACUGCUUGCUUUCCAGACUCCAGAAAAGAAGUACUACAUUGGCUGUGAAAAGGGUGGUGCAAACCUGAUUAAGGAGCUCAUAGACGACUUCAUCUUCCCAGCAUCCAAUGUGUACUUGCAGUACAUGAAGAGUGGAGAGUUCCCCACUGAGCAGGCCAUACCAGUCUGCAGCACCCCAGCCUCUAUUAAUGCUGGUUUUGAGUUGCUGGUUGCACUUGCUGUUGGCUGUGUGCGAAACCUCAAGCAGAUUGUUGAUACCCUGACUGAUAUGUAUUACUUAGGAUGUGAAGCCCUCACAGAGUGGGAAUACUUACCCCCAGUAGGCCCUCGACCGACCAAAGGCUUUGUGGGUCUCAAGAAUGCGGGUGCCACGUGCUACAUGAACUCGGUCAUUCAGCAGCUCUACAUGAUCCCACCGAUUAGGAAUGGCAUCUUGGCCAUUGAAGGAACAGGCACUGAUGUGGACGAUGACAUGUCUGGGGAUGAGAAGCAGGACAAUGAGAGUAAUGUGGAUCCACGAGAUGAGGUGUUCAGCUAUAACAACCAGUUUGAAGACAAGCCUUCAUCAAAUAAGUCAGAAGACCGAAAGGAGUACAACAUUGGAGUUUUGCGUCACCUGCAAGUCAUCUUUGGACAUUUGGCUGCAUCCAGGUUGCAAUAUUAUGUACCUCGGGGAUUUUGGAAGCAGUUUCGGUUAUGGGGAGAGCCAGUAAAUCUAAGAGAGCAGCAUGAUGCUCUUGAAUUUUUCAACUCCUUGGUGGACAGUUUGGAUGAGGCCCUAAAAGCUCUAGGUCACCCACCCAUGUUGAGCAAGGUCCUUGGUGGAUCUUUUGCGGAUCAGAAGAUUUGUCAGGGUUGUCCUCACAGGUAUGAAUGUGAGGAGUCCUUUACGACGCUGAACGUAGAUAUUAGAAACCAUCAAAAUCUUCUAGAUUCAAUGGAACAGUAUGUUAAAGGAGACUUACUGGAAGGUGCCAAUGCUUAUCACUGUGAAAAAUGCAACAAGAAGGUUGAUACAGUGAAGCGAUUGCUUAUUAAGAAGUUGCCGCCUGUGCUGGCCAUCCAGUUGAAACGCUUUGACUAUGACUGGGAAAGGGAGUGUGCAAUCAAGUUCAAUGACUACUUUGAGUUCCCACGGGAGCUGGACAUGGAACCGUACACGGUGGCAGGUGUGGCUAAGCUGGAGGGUGACGAUGUACACCCAGAGAACCAGGUGAUACAAAAUGAACCCCCAGAGAGCGAGUCACCAGGAAGCUCCAAGUAUCGGCUAGUUGGCGUACUGGUGCACAGCGGCCAGGCUAGUGGUGGCCACUACUAUUCGUACAUCAUCCAGAGGAACAGUGGUGAUGGCGAGCGUAACCGCUGGUACAAGUUUGACGAUGGUGAUGUCACUGAGUGCAAGAUGGAUGAUGAUGAGGAGAUGAAAAACCAGUGCUUUGGUGGAGAGUAUAUGGGUGAGGUGUUUGACCAUAUGAUGAAGCGUAUGUCUUACCGCCGACAGAAGAGGUGGUGGAACGCAUACAUCUUGUUCUACGAGCGGAUGGACUCACUGGACAAGGAUAAUGAACUGGUGAAGUACAUCUCAGAGCUGACUGUUACCACCAAUCCACAUCAGAUCAAGAUGCCAGCCGCCAUUGAAUGCAGCGUACGCAAGCAAAACGUUCAGUUUAUGCAUAACCGUAUGCAAUACAGCCUGGAAUAUUUCCAGUUUAUUAAGAAACUUCUGACCUGUAACAGCGUCUAUUUAAACCCACCACCAGGGCAAGACCAUCUUUUACCAGAGGCAGAAGAAAUUGCUCUGAUUAGCAUUCAGCUUGCUGCUAGAUUCCUUUUUAGCACAGGAUUCCACACAAAAAAAAUAGUCCGUGGUCCAGCCAGUGACUGGUAUGAUGCACUGUGCAUCCUGCUUCGCCACAGCAAGAACGUGCGCUGCUGGUUUGCACACAAUGUAUUGUUUGCUUACACAAACCGGUUCUCAGAGUACCUGCUAGAGUGCCCCAGCGCUGAGGUGCGAGGUGCCUUCGCCAAGCUCAUCGUCUUCAUUGCUCACUUCUCCUUGCAAGAUGGGCCAUGCCCCUCACCAAUUGCCUCACCAGGGCCUUCAAGUCAGCAGGCCUGUGACAACUUGAGUUUGAGCGACCACUUGUUGAGAGCAGUACUGAAUCUACUCCGAAGGGAAGUGUCUGAGCAUGGACGCCACCUGCAGCAGUACUUCAACCUUUUUGUUAUGUACGCCAACCUGGGUGUGGCAGAGAAGACCCAGCUCCUAAAGCUGAACGUGCCAGCCACCUUCAUGCUGGUUGCUCUGGAUGAAGGCCCCGGACCACCAAUCAAGUACCAGUACGCCGAGCUGGGCAAGCUGUACACUGUGGUGUCACAGCUGGUGCGCUGUUGUGAUGUAUCAGCACGCAUGCAGUCAUCAAUUAAUGGUAAUCCACCUCUUCCAAACCCUUAUGGAGACCCUAACCUGUCUCAGCCAAUCAUGCCCUUGCAGCAGCUGGUGGCAGAAAUUUUGUUUGUCCGCACCAGCUAUGUAAAGAAGAUUAUUGAGGACUGCAGUAACUCAGAGGAGACAGUCAAGCUACUGCGCUUCAGCUGUUGGGAGAACCCCCAGUUCUCUUCUGCUGUGCUCAGUGAGCUGCUCUGGCAGGUGGCAUACUCCUACACUUAUGAGCUGAGGCCACACCUGGACCUCUUGCUACAGAUCUUACUCAUUGAGGAUUCCUGGCAGACCCACAGGAUCCACAAUGUGCUGAAGGGCAUCCCAGAAGAUAGAGAUGGCCUCUUUGACACAAUUCAGCGUUCCAAAAAUCACUAUCAGAAGAGAGCCUACCAGUGUAUAAAAUGCAUGGUGGCACUUUUCACAAAUUGUUCUGUGGCCUACCAGAUUCUCCAGAGUAAUGGUGACUUGAAGAGGAAGUGGACAUGGGCAGUGGAAUGGCUUGGUGAUGAGUUGGAGCGACGACCAUACACUGGGAACCCCCAGUACACGUAUAACAACUGGUCGCCACCUGUGCAGAGCAAUGAGACCUCCAACGGAUACUUCUUGGAGCGUUCGCACAGUGCCAGGAUGACCCUGGCAAAGGCCUGCGAGCUGUGUCCUGAAGAGGAGCCUGAUGACCAGGAGGCUCCUGAUGACCAUGACUCCUCACCUCCUGAGGACACCACCUUGUACCCCCACUCCCCAGGGACACAGUAUCAGCAGCAGAACAAUCACCCACACGGACAGCCGUAUACCGGACCUGCAGCGCAGCACAUGAACAACCCCCCACGGCCAUGCCAACGAGCACAAGAGAACUGGGAAGGCACCGAAGAGGUGGCCCCCACGCAGACAAAAGAGUAACAAAGGCCCCAGGGGCUCCUUUUCCUGUUCUCCAAGCCCCCUUGCCCCUGCCCUCCAGCAAAACACUGGAUCAGAGUGGAAGAACAGGCCUUACAAGUUCAUUACCUCUCCAGGUCCCUUGUGCCCAUAGUUCCACUAUUUGUAUUGUUACCUGGAGUGGAGAGUCUAUUCACUGUCUGCCCUGCAGAGUGUUGCUGUCAUGAACAUAACCCGCCUGCAGUGCAAAGUGUAUAGUGUUGUAAUAAACUGGGCCUGAUGCUCAUGUGGAAACGGCAAAGGUGUACAUAGUAUCUCAAUGUUUUGACUCUUCGCUCCCAUAGCAGGACCUUCUGCUGGAAGAGACAUGCCCAUAUAUCAGAGGAAAAUGGAUGGAAAAGGCUACAAAGAAGACAAACUUCUGCUUGUUCACUUGUAUUGGGCAGUCUGGGUCAUUCAGUUCAGUUUUAGAGAGAAGCAUUAUUUGUGUAAACCACUUUAGCCAUGCCAAAUCAGCUCUGCUUCCUGAGUUGUUGUUUGUGUGGGGUUGUAGAAUGGCCAGGUUAACACUGACAUUCGGAUGGUGUGGAAAGAGGCAACAUAAUAUUGUUCUAGAACUUUCUUUGCCUUUCUCUCAUUCUGGUAUUGAGACAUUUUGUACCUAGUUCAUAUGCUGUAACAUUUAGCAUGGCUUCACAACAAAUUAGUGUGGCCAUAUGGAGGUUUUUGAUGGUCAACAAAAACUAAGCUGUAUGCUGCAGCCCUGAAGAGCCCUCAUUUUUAUUUUUUCUUACGUUAACAGCGACAUGUGAACCAAUGUAAGAAAAAAGGACUGUCUUGAUUGCACAUGUUCUCAAAUUUGCCAUUUGGCUUUUGGUUUUAUUGGUGGGACGACGACGACAUAGUUUUCAGUAACUGAAAGUUUUGAAAAGUGUAUAUGCAACCAUUUGCUCUGCCUGAAUCUGUGGAGCAUACUUAACUCUACUUGCUGUGGUUGCUUUUUCCUCCUUCGUAGAGCCUAGAUUAACUCCUAAUAACUUAUGUGGUCACUUCACCCCAGAGAAAGGCUAAGCCAGUUAAAUCACAUACUUUAGUCCUCUCACAUGGUCCAGUUUGAAUACCCUUCAUCCACUGCAAAUACAUACAUAAACAGGGUUGUGUGGUAACUGCUGGUUAGCAAAAUCACAAAUGUUAGCUGCAGAUUAAUGAUCUUUAGGUUUUUAAGGAAAUGGUGAAAACUGCAAUUUAUUGGUAACUUGAAUGUGUAUUUCUCUGGAUUUUGACUGAAGUACCAAAAACCCCGAAUAGUGAAUCAGACCACCAACUUAUAUUUAAAUAUUGUUAUUUUAGAGAAAUUAUUUUGCUGAAAUAUAAAAAAAAAAAAAAAAAAAAUAGUUUUGUUUUCAAAGGAGCAGUUUUGUCCUUGGUAUUGUUUUUAAAGAAACUGACUGUACAGAGUUCUCCGCCCUGAUUUGCCGACUUUUGUUUUGGCCAUGGUGUGAUGUUUACUUCAGGAGCUACAGUCGUAAUUUUUUUUUUUUUUUUCCUCCCCCCCCCGCACAGAAAUAAGAGAAACAUUGCGCCCCUUAGCAAGAAUAAAGAAAACCGAAUACUGACACUGUAAUUGUCUCAUUUUAUUUAUAAUGCAUUGUAAAUACAUUGUGCACGUGAAAACUGAAUAAACAGCAAUGUCUCAAUGGAGUUUCGCAGGCGGGGAGCUGCAGAUUCAAGGAAGGGGGUGAUAACGCAAUGAACCGAAGACAGCGUUCAAAGUGCAUGGAUUUACCCUAAAAGUCUGCCAAAACCAAACAAGUGGCCUAUGCUGAUGUUGUUCCCCACUGUGCUCUGGUGACCUAAGGAACCGUUUGCCCUAGAUCAAUGCAAUGCUGGGGAAGGACAAUAAGUUGAAACCUCAGCAAAGAGUGGACAGCCCACUGGGUGUGCAGUUGCAGUGUUGUACUAUUUAUACCAGGACUGGACCCCACCCAUAAUGCACUACAGGCCAUUUUCCUUCUUCAUUCUUCCUUCAGGAGACAAAACCAUUUUUGCCUGUAAGGUCUUACCAUUCUUGUCUCCAUUUUUUAUUUUGAUUGUUUUUUUUUUCCUUUUUUCUUGAAAUUGUUAAAUAGGAUGAUUGCCUUUUGACGUUUUGUUUGAAUAAUUCAGAAGCUUUUUGUGAAACAUGCAUGAAUAUGAAUAAUAAAGUCCCUUAAUCUGCCUUAGAGCACUGUAAAAACCCAACACUGUAAAAUUCUACUUUUAAAAGGAAAAUAAAUAGUAUUUCAAUUAA